GUUGAGACUACGCUAUCCGCUCCCCUCGAGAGUUGCUGCUAAGUUGACAGCCCUAGUAGAGCUUGCAGGAACGCAUGUUGGGGCGCACACCGCGCUCUCGCCUCGUGCAAAACGAGACACGCCCCAGCUCAAAAGCCCUGUUUUCAUAUUUCGAUUAAGCGACGUCGCCAACUAUCACUGUGGACGGGCUACAACACUCUGAGGGCGCAGGUCCUCCAGUGAGCCGCGACUCCACGCGUUGACUGGGCCUUGUCCACACCAAGUAGCUGUAACCGUUUACGAGAACGGCGCAAUCCUGGCGCGGCCCUAAGGCGUCCGAGGCGGGCUGAUGGCAAGCGAGGAAGCCGACCUUGAGUUGUGGGACCUCGAUAUUGCUGAGCCUGCGGCUGAGGCCGGGCAUUGGAACUUGACGGGCUACACCUGGGAUCCCGUCCAUCUCACCGCAACCAGGAAGCCCGCGGAGGCACCUGGCCCCCAGGCCCAAAUGUAUGGCCGCACGUGCGCGGAUGACAGCGGCGUGUCGCAGCAGCCAACGGCGCAGCAGCUGCAGCAGCAGGGCAGCGGCUGUGCCGUGAUGGACUGCGAGGGCGGCGCGCUAGUCGUGGAUGGCGCCGACGGGCCCUGCAACAUCGACCACGCGGCGCUAGCCACCGCGCCCGUGUACAGCCCCCAGCCGGGUGGAAACAAGAUGGCGUGCCAGGUGCUGGGCUGCGGCCUCAGCCUGGCCGGCAUGAAGGGAUACUUCCUGCGCCACCGCGUGUGCGAGGAGCACAGCAAGGCGCCCGUGCUCAUCAUCGGCGGCGCGCCCUCGCGAUUGUGCCAGCAGUGCUCCAAGUUCCACCACGUGAACGCAUUUGAGGGGGCCAAGAGGACGUGCCGCGUGCAGCUGGACCGCAUUCGCAUCAACAAGCGCGCCCGCCGCACGCGCAAGAUGAAUGCCGCCGCGGCCGCCGCCGCCGCCGCCACCGGCCUUGACGACGGCGGCGGCGUCAUGGGCGUGCGCAUGGGCAUGGGCAUGGGAAGCGAGUGCCCCGCGCCGCCCGCCAGCGGCCUGCGCAGCAAGCGCCCCGCCGACAGCAGCGGCAGCGGCGAGGGCUCCUACACCGACUCCCGCAAGGCGCGCCACCUUGGCGGCCCCGCCGGCGCCGGCGCCAUGGCCGCCGCGGCCGCGGCCGCCGCGGCUGCUGCUGCUGCCGCCGCCGCCGCCUUCAACGCCGGCGGCGUGCGCAUCGCCGGCGGCGCGCCGGUGACGCUGGUGACGCCCCUGGCGCUAGCGCAGGCGCUCAGCGGCUGCGCGCCCGGCGGCGCGGCGGCGGCGGCGGGCGUGGGCUCGCCCGAGACCGACCCGCUACUGCCCGAGUCGGGCGGCAGCGGCAGCGACGGCUCCCGCGAGCACCCGCGCGCCAGCGUGGGCCUGUCGGGUCAGACGGGUUGGCGCUACGGCGAGCCGCAGUCGUCCAUGCAGCCCAUGUCGCCCGCCACCGCCAUGGCCGGCGGCGCCGCCGCCACAGCCCUGGUGGCGCACAGCCCCGCCAGCGGCAUGACCGGGCCCGACGGCGGCGGCGGCGGCGGCAUGCACGCCAGCCUCAGCACCCACGCGCUGCAGCAGUACGGCAACAACAGCAACAACAACAACCCGUACGGCCAGGCCCAUGUGGGCGGCAUGGGCCAAAUGGACGCCGGCGGCCCCGGCAGCAUCGCCGCUGCCGCGGCGGCGGCGGGCCUCGGCCACCCGGCGGCGGGCAUGCCCGGCGCCGCUGCUGCGGCGCAGUCGGCGCCCAGGAUGUUUGCAGCGCACCAGCAGAUGGCGGCUGCUGCUGUGGCCGCCGCCGCCGCUGCUGCGGUGGCGGGGCAGCAGCAGCGCCAGCAGGAGUCGGGUGUUGGCAGCCAUGGUGGCGGCGGGGGGCAGCAGGACGCGACGGCGUCGGCCUGGAGCCUGCAGGUGGGCGGCAGCGGCGCCGACGGCACCGGCGGCCUUCCCGCCGUCCCCAGCGCCAACAACCUGCACCCGCUGCUGCAGCAGGAAAUGCUCCUCCAGCAGCAGCAGCAGCAGCAGCAGCAGCCGAAGCUGGCAGCUGCUGUGGCCGCCGCCGCCGCAGCCUGGCAGCCCAAGCCCUGCUCCGACCCCAUCAUGCGCGGUUCGCUGCGCGAGCACUGCUCCCGCGACCUGCACAGCGCCGCGCUGUCCGACAUGGCGCUCGCCACCGGUUCCGGCAUGGGCGCCGGCGGCGCCACCGCUGGCAGCCACCCGUCGCCACACGUGCAGACGCUGGCCGCCAACGUGCUGGCCGGCUCGCCUCAGGAGAUGCUGCUGAUCCAACAGGCUAUGCUCAAGUCGUCGGCGCCGCAGGGCUGCGUGCCGUCGCUGGCGGGACCGGACAGCGGCAGCGGCGGCGUCGACCCGGCUCUGGUGGCCAUGCUCAACGGCAGCGCGCCGCCGGCACUGCCCGGCAUGCCGCAGACGCUGGCCGGCUGCGCCGCCAUCGGCGGCGCCGGCGGCGCCGGCGGUCGCAUGCUCACCGCCAGCGGCGCCGUCAUCGCGACCAUGCCCAGCGCCUCCGCGGCCAGCGGCGGCGCCAGGUCCGCAAACACGCUGGCCGGCGCCCUUGGCAACGCCGCUGCCGCCAACAGCAACCCGAUCUCGCGCCGCGACGGCGAUGCGCUGGCCAGCGGCGGCAACAACGACUCGGGCCGGCCGGCGCGCAUGAGCCUGGAGAACGACGACGCCAUCCUGGCCCCCGGGGACGACGCGCUGCUGGGCUCGCUGAUGGACCUACUGACCACCCAGAACGCCGACCUGGGCGGCGUGGGCGGCAGCAACAACACCGGCGGGAACGGCGCCAACGGCACACACGGCGGCGUCAUGGGCGCUAGCGGCGGCGCCAACGGCAGCCUGGUUGGGCUCAGCGGUCUCAGUGGGCUGGGCAUGGGAGGCAGUGGCAUGGGCGGCAUGGGCGGCAUGGGCGGCGGCGGCUCCGGCAAUGCCAAGGCGGCCGCCAUCGCCGCCCUGACGGGCGGCGGCAGCGCCGCCGCCAACAACAACGGCGGCGCCGCCAGCAACCACCACAACCACCACAACGGUGGUCACACCAACCAUGGAAGCGCCAUGCUGUUGGGUGGCAGCAACGACCUGCGGCUGCAGUCGUGGGGGCUGUCGGCGCUGGGCUCGGGCUUCAGCUCGGGCCGCGGCGGCCAGCAGCUGCUGCUGCAGGGCGUGCCCGGCUUCAGCCACGGCCUCAGCGGCGGUGCCGGCGGCGGCGGCAGCAACACCGGCAGCCUGGCGGCGCUCGCGGCCGGCGCCGGCGGCCUGCAGGGCGCCAUGGACCUCGCCGCCGCCGCCGCCGCCGGCGGCGCCGCCAUGUCGCGCGCCGGCAGCGCCGCCGCCGGCGGCGCCGCCGGCGCGCCUGGCGGCUCCGCCAAUGCCAUGGCGGCGCUGAGCCCGCCCAACCUGGAAGCGCUGAUGGCGCUGCCUCCUGGCAGCUCGGCCUCCACUGUGGGGCUGGGCAGCCUGGGUAUCGGCCGCACGCUGCUGCUGGAGCAGGGGCUGGGGUCGCUGGGUGGGCUGUCGGCUCUGGGCGGCAUGAGCCCGCUGGGCGGCUCCAACGCGCUCGUGGGGUCGCAGCUCGGCAGCCUGUCCCAGCUUGCGGGCUCCCACCUGGGCGGCUUGUCGCAGCUGGGUGGCUCCCAGGAACAGCUGCUGGCAGGCCUGGGCUCGAUGGGCUCGGUUGGAGCCGGCUUCGCCGGCGCCGGUCAGGGCAGCGCGGCGGCGGCGGCAGCGGCGGCGGCGGCCGCCGCCGCCGGAGGCGACCUGCUGCUACAGCGGCAACUGCUGCAUGCGCAGGCGCAGCAGCAACAACAGCAGCAUGUGCAGCAGCAGCAACAGAUCCAGCUGCUGCAGCAGCAGCAGCAGGCCCUGGCGCAGCAGCAGCAGCUGCUGCAACUGCAGCAGGCGCAGGCGGCAGCGCUGGCAGCCAACGCCACGGCCGCAAGUGCCGCACCGGCGGUGCCCGCCGCUGGCCUGCUGCUGUCACGUCUGCUUGACGCCGACACCAAGACGCACCACCUCUCAUCCGAGCUCAAUGGCUGCCUGGCGGAGAAGCAGCUCCUGCGGCGCCAGCUGAUGCUGACGCUGCAGUCCGGCCAAGCCCCCGACGCCGACCAGGUCGCCGCCGCCGCCAUGGCUGCCGCCGCCACCGGCAACGCAAUGGCCUCCAUGACUGCCGGCGCGCCGGCCGGCGCCGCCGCCGUCGGCCCCGGCGCCGCCGCCGUCGCCGGCCUGGGCUCCCUCGCCGGCCUUGGCGUCGCCCCCGCCGUCGCGCUCGGUGCCGCACGCGCCUCGCCGGCUGCGCAGCUGCAGGCGUUGAUGGACGCGCGCAGCGCCGCCACGGCCGGCGUGCCGGCCGCCGUCGCCACCGCCGCAACAUCGCCGCAGAUGGCGGCUGCCGCCGCGCCCGCCGCCGGCACGGGCGGCUACGCGGCUCCCGACCUGCUGACACGCGUGUCGCUCAAGAUCAUGAACUGCCUGCCAGACGAGCUGCCGCCCGACGUGCGCAGCCGCAUGCAGGCGUUCGCCAGCCAGGCGCCGCUGGACCUGGUGCAGGGCUGCCUGCGACCCGGCUGCACCGAGGUGGUCCUGGAUGCGCUGCAUGCCGGCGACGAGCGGGCGCUGGUGGCGGAGCUGCUGCGGCAGGGCGAUGUGGAGGCCGCCGCCGCGGCGCUGCUGGCGGCGCUGCCCAGCUCGCUGCACUGCAAGGACAUCUACCUGCAGGCCGCCGACCAGGCGCUGUACCUGCGCCCCGGCGCGCCGCCCAAGCGCGCCAGCUGGGCGGGUGUGGCCAUGCGGCGCGGCGGCCAGCGCGUGGCCAAGCCCGAGCUGCUGGCGGCGGAGGCACCCGUGCUGCACAUGGACCACUCAGCCAUGGACGGCUCCCGCUACGUGCGGCUGCGUGUGUUCGGCCGCCACCUGGACGGCGCCGGCGUCACAGUGCUGGCGCGCAUGGGCGGCCUGGCGCUCGCCGUCACGCUCACGCCCGUCGACGUCAACGGCGACGGCAAGUCCCGCGCCGCCGCGGCGCCGCCCUCGUCGGUGGUGCUGACCGAGCAGGAGGCAGACAGCUGCCCCACCAGCGGCCGCCACGCGCCCGCCGCCGCCGCCGCCGCCACGCCCACCACCUCCGAGGCCACUGCGCCCGCGCCGCCGCCGCCGCAACUCGAGGCGAGCGGCGUCUCCCUCUCCGCGCCUCCUGCCUCGCCCUCGCCUCCCCCUGCCGCUUCCACCUCGCCGCAGCCCGCGCUACCCGGCACCUCCUCCCCGUCCUGCACGGCGGCCUCCCCCGCACCCACAACCUCUUCCGCCGCCGCCGCCGCCGCGCCCUACAGCCUGUACGACGUGGAGAUCGAGAUCCCGCCGGCGGCGCCCUCCCAGGGCCUGCUCAUCCUCGAGCCGCGCGCCGGCGUGCUGCUGGGCUCCUGGGCGCCCGUGCUCCUGCUGGAGGACGCGGGCGCGGCGGCGGAGGCCGCGGCCAUGCUGCGCGGCCUGGACGCCGACGCGGCGCGGCGCCUGGUGGUGAGCCUGGGCCUGUUCGUGGACCACGGCGAGCGCUGCGCCGCCGUGCUUGAGGCGGAGGAGGCGGAGGCGGAGGUGGGCUGCGCGGAUGAUGUGGAGCUGGAGGCGGAGGAGGCGGAGGAGGGCGGCGACGAGGUGGGGGGCGACUGCGAGGAGCGCCAGGGCGAGUCCAUGGUUGGGGUGCAGCAGCAGGGGGGAGUGGAGGCGGCGACGCCGCGGGCCGCCGGCGCCCGCGCCACCUCGUCGUGCGCCCACAGCGUCGCGGUGCCGGCGGCCCGCGGCGCAGACGGCCAGCCGCUGGCAGUGGCGGCGGCGGCCGUGAAUGCCAUGGACGCCGCGGCGGAGGAGACGAUGGCGGGUGUGGCCGCGGCGGAGGCGGGUGCUGGAAGCCCCGGCGCCGCGGGUCGGCGGGACUGGCACGCGGUGUUUGGGCCCUCGCAUGAACGCAUCGUGGGCAUGGGCCGCACACUGCUGGCCUACAGCGCACUCAGGGCCUGCCCCGGCCUGCUGUCCUACCUGGGCAGCCAGCUGGUGGAGAUGGGGCAGCCGCUGGCCGCGCUGCCCGCCGCCACCUACAACGGCGCGCCGCUGCUCGCCUGCGCCACGCUGGCGGGCGGCGGCGCCGUGCUGCGCAUCGCCGCGGAGUGGGCGGCGCGCGGCGGCGCCAUGCCUGACUGGCGAGCGCAGGUGCCCGGCCAGCCCGUGGGCGCGACCCUGUUGCACCUGGCGGUGUCGCUGCCGCCGCCCGCCGCCGUGGCCGCGCUCGAGGUCAUGUGGGCGCUGGCACUAGCCGGCCCCGCCCAGCCCGCCGACGCCGACUCCUUCGCCGCCGCCUGGUUCUCGGGCCAGACCGCCGCCGACGCCGCGGCGGCCGCGCUCAACGGCUGCGUGCUGCUGGACUCGCCUGCUGUGCUGUUCGGCGCCGUGUCGCGCGCCGCGCUGGCGGCAGCGAACCCCGCCACCGCCGCUGUGGCGCUGGCGGCGGCCACCGCCUCGGAGACGCUGGACCGGCUGUGCAUUGCCCGCCUGGCGUCCUCCUACAUCCGCACACACAACUACACGUCGCCGCUGGACCACGUCGACCUGCCCAGUAUGGAGGCCAACAGCAGCGUCGGCAGCGGCGCCGGCCGCCGCGACGCCGCCGCUGCCGCAGCGCAGAACAUGGACGCGACGUCGAGCCCGCGCCAGCGCUGCUCGCGCGAACAGCACGCCGCGGGCGCGGCGGCAGCGGCGGCGCUUCACGACCUCCAUGACUGCUUGUUGCCUGACUUUGACGGGCUAGAUGAGGACGAGCACAGGCAGGGGGCGGCGAACGCCGGCGACUCAGCCACGGGUGCCGUAAACAGCGGCUCUGGCGAGCGCGUUCGCGAUCUGGUGACUGAGGACUACGCCUUCGCGCACCGAAGCAGCCGCCAGCUGAUGGCGGCAAGCCCUGGCGGCGGCGCGGAUGACCGCAGCGGCCACGGCAGCGUGGGCGGCGUGCCCGCAUUCCUCAUGUCUCCCAACGGCGUCACUCCCGCUGCAUUCUCGCCCACGGACGUGCCCUCCAUCGCCACUGCGUCGCCGCCGCGCAUGCGCGUGGUGGUCGCGCCCAAGGCGCUCGCGCAGUCGGUGGCAGUGGCGGCGGCCGGCGGCGCCGCAGGCGCCGCCGCCGCGGCAGCGGCGGCCGCCGCCGCCGGAGGCAGCGGCUCCGCUUGGCACGCCAGCGGCGCCGACGCGUCGCUGGUGCCUCCCAGCAACUUCACGCUGGCCAGCAGCGGCGUGUGCGCCAGUGGAUCCAUGCCCGUGUUUGGGUCCAGCACCACCGCCGCCGGCAUAACCGGCGUGUACGGCGGAUCGCUGGGCCUGAGCUCGUACGGCGUCAUGGCCGGCAGCAUGGCGGGCGCCGCCGGCAUGGCGGCGCUCAAGGGCUGUGGCGGCGGAGGAGCCGCCAGCUCGCACGCCGGCGCGAGUGCCGACGGAGCUACGGGUAUGGCGGCCGGAGCCGGGCACCGCGGCGCGCCACUGCCAAUGGAGCCGUUGCUGAACAUGUGCCGGCCGCUGCCCGGCAGCCCCGCCUCGUCCUCGGACCCGCAGCAGCACGUGCUCAGCACUGACGCGCUGGCGGUGCUGCCCAACAGCCGCGCGGGCGUGCCGGCGCUGAUGCAGGUGCCGCAGCAGCCGGCGGCGCCACCGCAGCAGCCCGCCACGGACCGGCCAUCCGCGUCCGCUGCGAGGCCCGUGCCCGCAGCGCCCGCACCCGUGCCGGCCGCCGCCGUCAUGCCCGCGUCGCCCCCGGAGCUUUGGCCCGGCGUGGUGAUCUGCGGCUCCGCGCCCGCCGCUCCUACCGGCGGCCUGGCGCUGGCAGCGGACGGCGACGCCAGUGCGCACGGCGGCAGCGUCGUGCACAGCAGCGACGGCCGCGGCUUCCCGGCGCCGCGGCGGCUCCACACGCUGCCCGCCGCCGCCAGCGGGCACGGUGGCAGUCUGAUGGAUAGGGCCAUGUCGGCCGCCGCCGCCGCGGAGAUGGAGGCGGCGGUGCAGGCGGCGGCGGCCGCCGGCGGCGGCGGCCGCUUUCCCAUGCGUGACCUAAUGAAGAAGUUCAAGAGCAUGUUCAAGAGGAGCCCGGGCACUGGUGGUGCUGGCAGCGAGUCGGAUACAUCGAAUCACCGGUCCUGAGCGUAGCUGCGGCGGCAGCUGGUCAGUUGGGGGCGCGGAAGCGUGUCGUGUACUUCGACGCCCAAAAUUCACCUGGGCAGGCCCUUGAAGGUGUGGUGACUCGUAUAUGCUGGUUGUUGGCUUGGCGGAUGUCAUGAGCGCACCCAGACUCCAGCCAAUCCAAGCAGGUGUUGUUGCAUGAAUCAUCACUUGCGUCUGUGGACUGCCAAAGCUUUUACUUGAGCACGCCUGGUCCGUGCGUAGAUAUGCAGGCAGGAUGUGGGGUGUUGUUGUUCUAGUCACUUCAGUCGGCUCGGUAUGCAACCUUGAGUGCUGUGAGCUGUUUUCGGACAUUGACAUUGGAUGGUGCUGCUGCUGGGGCCGCGCCACAUACAGAGUGCCGUGUGCCGUGUAUGAUGUGGCGCGUGACCCAACAGCGCUGGGAAGGCGUGGGCAUUGGUACAUAUGAAGUUUUACAUGGAUCAAGGCAUGGCGCCGCGCAGCUUUCUGGUGUCCACGGUGUGAGGCUAUUGCAGGACAUGACCGGCGGAGGGAAUCGGGGCAGCGUGCAUUUCUUCUCACUUGAUUUGUGAGCCCCCUGAGAGAGCUCAGAAACUUUGCACCUGGGUUGCAGUUUCGCGAGGCGUUGGUCCCGUACUGUUGCGGCAUGUACGCCAAGCAUGCUAGACAGGCUGACACUAGACUAUGGAAGACUGCCUCGUCGAACGUGGGCCGCAAGUUGUAAGGGCCCGGAUCGUCUCACACGCGACAAUGAUUGCGCGCACUGCCAAUCUGCCAUGAGCGUGACGCCUUGGCCAGAAGCGCUUGUGGGACUGGGGCAUGUAGCUAGUACGGCAGUAGAUAUACAUGCAGGAGGUUGCGCAACACAGGACACAUGGCCGUUGCAAUCAUUGUAGCCGUGUACAGUCCAUACUAUUAAGUACCA